GCGAGUUUAGCCAAUCGGCGCGCUGUAUCUAGCGCGACGCAGAGGAUUCUUCUGGUGGCGGUUAAAUUUAAAAUCAUGGCUAUCGGUUCUAGUGACUAGCCGUUGUUUAAACGGAGACUGGAUCCCGGAAGGAACGAGCGCGGAGAGGCUUUGUGAGGGUCCCAGCAGCCUUGAAAAUGGACGGCAAUCCUUUGCCACAAGAUGAUAGCGAUGUGACGGAGCGCAGCCACAGGAGACGUCUUUCCUCUAUUUUAAAAGUACCACGGAGCCCUCUGAGAGAUCUUGGAAAUGUUCUUCAUCAGGAUUCAACCACUGAAAAGCGAAGAAAAAGUCGCCGCGUUAGCUUUGCUGAGAACAUAAGGGUUUUUUCACUAGAAUCCCAAAUUGCUGCUGAUGACAAUGGGCAAGUUACUGUGUCAGGAAAUGAAAAUGAAGAUGGAAUGAAAUCCAGGUUCCAGAUCACUGGCAUGGAUACACUGCUUCAUGGCCCUAUACAAACUCCAGCUCCCCAACCUGAGCGGGACUGUGCAGAUAACGAGAAGACCUUAUUCUUUUCCUGUGAUAAUGAUAUGGAAAUGACCUCUAGUAACACCAUAAACAUUGAUGCAUUCCUUGAAGAGAAAACAGACAAAAUUGAUGUUACUUCAUUUUUAGCAAGUUUGAAAUCUCACGGUGAGGAUUCCUGCGAGAGUGUCAAGUUGAACCCUUCAACGACAAUAGAUUUUCAUUCGUCAUCCGAAUCUGAAGUCCAGCCAAAGAUAAAUUUUAAGGAUUUUUUGACUGGUUUAAAAACUGAAAAACAAACUAUUUGUCCUUUUCAGGGAAACGACAAAGAAAACUUUUUUUCCUUUAGCAUUUCUAAUGAAAAAUCUACCCCUGGCAGUGACGUAUUUUCUACAUUUGCUCAAAGACAAGAAGAAAAGGAAAAUAUUACUCAGGUUUUUACUGAGCAGGAUGAUGGACUUGAUAUGACAAAAUGCCAUACCACCAAUAUUACUGCAUUUGUUCCAGUAACCGAUGCAUUUCCAUAUCAUUUUGAACCCAACACCAUAAGCUUUCCUAAAGCUCCUUCGAGUCAUGAACAUUUGCAAGGUGGACUUCAAUUACAAAAAUUAAAAACUGUAUCCAAAAACCAAACCGUCCUUUUAGAAGAUGAUAUGGAUAUAACACAAAACCGUAGCGUUUGCUUAGAUAAUGUACUGAGCAAAACCAGAAGUGGUGGAAAUACUCAGGCACUGAAUAAAGGAAUGGGUGUUUGCCCUGCUGAUAAGACUGUUUUUUUUACCGAUUCAAAUGAAAUGGAGUUUACACAGAAUCAUACCGUUGCAAUAAAUACCAAUACUGGAGCAGGGGACCCACUUUUGCACAAGAAAAAUCUUCUGAAUGCUGAAAAUAAUUUUGUUUCUCCAGAUAACAGCAUGGAUCUCACAAAAAGCCAUACAGUAGCUAUCGAUGGGAGAAGUAUGGUGGCCUCAUGUGCAUCCACAUCUACCUCUUUGCCAGAUGCAUUGGGAAAUCGUAAUAAUGUCGGUGAUCCAAUUUAUUUCAGUAAGUCAAUACUUAGGCAAAACCAAGAUCCUUCCUUGCCUUUUCAUUUAACAGCUGAAAAGACCAUAGCAUUUGAUGAUGAAGAUAUGGAUUUGAACACUAGCAAUACAGCUCAUAUUAUGUUUGGAUUGGGCUCAAACAUCUCUAUGCACAGAAAAUCUAUACCCGUUAUGCCAACUAGCCAUCUCUUUAUCAUGAAUGAUAAGACAGUUGUCUCAAACCAAGAUAUGGACCUCACGCAAUGUACAACUACUGUGCUUGACACUGAUUCUUGCUAUGGAUUGCAAAGUUCAAAUGAAACAUGUUCAGAGCAAAAAGUUGUUCGCAAGUCAGGUUUCUUGCCUAAACCAACCUUUUCAUCUGAACAAUCAUCUCCUUUUGAAGAAGAUAAACCUUUUAAUAACACUGUCUCCAGUUCUAAAAGUAUGCCAUCUACUGUAGCUGAUAAAACUCUCUUGUUCUCAUGCAACCAGGAUGAUAUGGAGAUUACAAAAUCGCACACUGUUGCUAUUGAUAAGUUUUUGCAAGAUCCCGAUCUGGCUAAAAUACCAGAAAAUGUUUCUAAGGGUAAAACCGUAAAACCGGGAGGUUUAAGGUUAUCUUCAUUUUCCAAACAUGUAUUAUUUCCAAAGGCCAGUAAUGAUGUGGAACUUAUAAAAGGCAACACUGUUAAUGAAAAGCCCUGGCAAAAAGCAAAGGAGUCUUGCCAGCCAUCCUCGGAUCACCAGGAAAAGGCACCCACUUUCAACAAAAGCUGUGCAGAUACUAAAAUCUCUGAAACACGAGCAGUGGAAAAUAUGACAAUGAGAGGCUUGACUACAAAUUUUAAAAAUAUAGUUGGCACCUUUCCUUCCAGUCAUAAUAAGACCAUAUUAUCCUUGGAAAAUAUGGACCUCACUGUGACUACUAAAAAUGCUUUCAGGGACGAGGGCACAUUUCCAACUGAGGAGGUGAAAACUGGUAUUACUGCUCAAGAUAAGACCAUCUUAUUUUCAUGUGAAGAGGAGAAUAUGGACAUGACAAGGUCACAUACUGUUACUAUAGAUAGGAAAGACCUGUGCAAAGGUUCCAAAAAUGCCAUAAACAUGCUUUCAACCAAAAAUGUUUCUACGUUUUCUUCUGAACUAGACUUCAUAGAGUCACAUACUCUUACUAGGGAGAACAAAGUUUCUGUGGUUGAUGAAUAUUUAAAGUUGGCUAGUAAUGUGAAAAGCACAAGUAAAUCUAUUCCAGAUCGUGUGCAUACUAUAUCCGAUAAACGGUCUGAAAAUAGAACUGUUCGCCUAUCUGAAGAAAAGAACAUGUUUUCACCCAGUGAGGACUACAUGGACUUUACACAGUCUUGCACAGUGGCUAUUGAAAAUAAUUUGUGUGAAGAACUCAAAACUGCUAAGACUACUUCACAGAAAUUUGAUUUGUCAAAAUCUGUUGCUUUGGACGAGACUGUUGAAGAUAACAUGGAACUUACCAAAAGCCACACAAUGGUUAUUAGUGCAAAGUGUCCAGAUGAGCAUCACCACCAAUCUUUUGCUACCAAAACAAAUACUGAGGCUGGUUUUGGAGAAGAUGACAUGGACAUUACAAAGUCAAAUACCAUAUUUAUAAAUGAAAUUCCUGAAAUAUCCAAGGGGCUAGUAAAAUCUUCUGCUCUAAGACGGAAAAGUGCACCUGAGCCCAAGAGAUCUUGCUUUGCUAAUGAUAAGACCAUACACCUAGAGGGUGACAUGGAAAUGACUACUGCCAACAUUGGACCGUUAAUAAAUGAUGCAAAUAUCCUAAGAGUGAAAAAUGUGGGGUUAGAUAAAACUGUGGUCUUUUCACGUGAGCAAGAUAACAUGGAUUUAACCUUGUCACAUACUGUAGCUAUUGAAAGCAAAGGCCUCUGUGAGCUUAAUCUGGAUGCGAAAAAUAAACCUGGCCACUACUCUAAGCAAACGCCAUUGCCUCUGAAUAAAACUGUCCACAUGGUGGAAGAUGAUAUGGAACUUACCAGAAGCCACACUAUGGUCAUUAAUGAACAACCAGCUGAGCUCCACCUCCAGUCAGAUCCUGUAAAUAAAAGUAAUUCUGAUGACAUGGACAUUACAAAGUCAAAUACAGUGUUUAUUAAAGAAACUGAAAUAUUUAAAGGGCAAGUAGACCUUUCGAUUUUGAAAAAAACAAGUGCAUCUGGAUCGAGAAGAUCUUAUGUUUCUGAUAAGACCGUACGUUUAGAGGGUGAUAUGGAAAUGACAGCUGCAAAUGUUGGGCAGGUUAUUAAUGGCGCACCAUACCCAGUACAAAGAAAAUCCAUAGGGCUCUCUCAUGAUAAGACUCUGGUGUUUUCCUCUGAGCAAGAACACAUGGACUUAACAAUGUCACAUACUAUAGCCAUUGAAAGCAAAGGCAUUUGUGAGGUGGCAAAAGCACUCAAUCCAAAUGUGAAUUGCUCAGUACUCUCUGUACCUGUGAAUAAAAGUACGGUCAUCUUAGAAGAUGACAUGGAUCUCACAAAAAGCCACACAAUGGUCAUUAGUAAAAAUGACCCAUCAAAUUCCGCUCAUAAACGCAAUUACAGUACUGAUUUUGGACAAGAUGACAUGGAGAUCACAAGGUCAGACACUAUAUUUAUUGAUGAUAUGCCUGUAGCUGAACGAUCUAAGGGGCAGUUAAAUUGUCUCUUGAAAAGAGAGAGUGUUUGUUUAAAGGGAUCUGACUUUUCUGUGCAUUUGGAUGGUGAUAUGGAGUUGACACGCGCAGGGACUGGACUGUUGGUCAGUGACACAAAUGUACCAUCAACAGAAACCACGUUGGGAUCGUGCAAUAAUAAGACUAUGUUGUUUUCAUGUGAGCAAGAUAACAUGGACUUAACUGUGGCCAAUACCGUGGCGAUUGAAAGCAAAGGCCUUUGUGAAGGUUCCGAAACUCGCAAUCUGGGUGUUAAGAGAAUAUUGGGUAGUAGCUCGAAGCACUCGUCUGUGCCUGAGAAUAAAGCUUUUACUAUGUUUGCAGAAGAAAUGGAAAUGACUAAAAGCCACACCAUGGUUAUUGAGCAGAAAACCCCAUUGUUAGAUGAGUAUAAUCAUUCUGUUGACAAACAAAGCCUUGUCAGUGAAACAUCUGAAGCAGAUGGCAUGGAUAUUACAAAGUCAAAUACAGUUUUUAUUGACAGUCACUUAGAUGGCCUGUGUAAAACAUCACUCGGCUCAAAAAAGCAAAACUUGCCUCUGGCACAACAGUCGUGUUCCACAAAUGAACCUUUACAUGGUGAUACAGUGGCAAAAAUGAGAGGGAAAAAUGGAAGGUCAUCUAAUGUUUUCCAGGGAUAUGACCAAGGUAACACAGAUAUCGAUAUGUCUCACACUGAUGUAACUAAACAAUCGGCUCUGAAUAAGGAAAUCGGUAAUUCAGACAGAUUUCAAAAUUACAUUGAUCACCAUUCUGCACCUGCAUGUAAAACUAUUGUUUUCUCUACAUUGGAAGAUGAUAUGGAUCUUACUAAAAGCCACACCAUGGUUAUUGAUGGGAGAAACAUUUUAAAAGGAGAGAAUGUGUCCUCCAGACAACCAGGUCAAAUAACGGCAAAUAGCGACAAAAGUGUUGCUUUUUCUAGUGGUGACAUGGAUUUUACAUUAUCUCCCUCUGCAAGACUUGAAAAGGGAAUUUUUGAGCUAGCCCAACAUGAAGAAAUGAUAAAUAUCCUUUCCAAGGCUAAAAAGGGGAACAUUUUAGAGUUGCAGAGGCCCUUUCUGAACAAGCAUGCAACUGUCAAUUUUUCUAUGCAUGAAGGUGAUGUGGAAUUCACUAAAAGCCAUACAGUGGCUAUUGAACUGGACAAUCAAACCCCUUCUUCUGUUUUAAAUAAGCAAGGUAUGGAACCAGAAACCAAUAUGGGGAAACGCAUGAAGUCCCUUGUAAAAGGUGGGCGUAUAGUGUCUGACGCCAACAUGGACGUAGGCAACAUACACACAAGUAAAACUCUGUGUAACCUCAAUGACAUGGACAUGACUAGAUCUCUCACAGUUGCUAUAGAAAACAAAACUGAAGAGCUACAAAUCAUGGUUGCUACUGACCCUAAGAAUUGGAUGGCUGAAAACCCAGAGAAUUUGCGAAUUCCUUUAUCCACUAGCAACCCCAAUGUUUUUGUUCCAGAUCUUGGUGAAAAAAAUUUAAAUGAAAUGGUUUUCUGUGAAGAUGCAGAUAAAGCUUCUCCCAUGGAUCAGCAGGAAACUAAAGUUGUUGAAAUUGCAUUGUCCGAUACAAAGAAUUUUAGCAGUGUCGCUUCUUUAGAACCCGCAGAGCAUAUAAAUAGAAGUGAAGAACCAGUUUUGGCAGACGAAGCCUGCAUGCUACAUAAAGAUACAACAGACCUUAAAACCACAAAAAAAGCAAGACCAAAAUCAAAGAGGGUAUCUUUCAUGCUACCAGAACCUGAAGCAGGGUCUUGUGUUCCCAAGGCCAAUGUUUUAGAAGCAUCGACUAAACCCACCACUGAAAUAAACAUGGACGUGUGUAACCUAAAGCAAAAUUCCUCUAUGGCAAUUCUGGGAAAUAGUGCUGAUAAAGAAGGUGAGACUGUGAAGUCCAUGGCUGAUUAUUAUGAUGCUAAUGAUGGUCUUGCUCAAGGUUCAUUAGUCCACUGUAAACCCAAAGAGCAAAAUAUAAGUCCAGGGAAUGUAGGCAAUUUGGAGCAGGAAGACCAAGAUACGUUAUCAUGUAAAGGACCAGUGCUCAAGUCCAGUAACUUAGUGGAGUUCUCCGAAGCAGAUAAAAUGAGACGCAGAAGAAGUAUUGCAGAUAUUCAGUCAAAGAUAAGAAGUUUAAACAAGAAAUCCUUUCCAGAUUCCCAGACAGCUCCAGUCACUUUCCUUGUUGACCAUCUCUCAACUUCAUUGCAGGCACCUACUGUAAGUUUAACCAAUAAAAGUGAAGAUAUUUUAGAAGAUGCAGAAUUAUCCAGCAAAUUGCCCAUUCAUGAGAAACCAAACCUGUAUACUCAAGCUGAUGAUGUUGCCUCUUCUGGUGAUAAAGAGACCACCUCGAAAGAAACAAAUUUGCCAAACAAGCUUUCAGUCAAAGUUUUUCAGGCCAAGUUACCCCAGAAAACCAAUCCUAAUAAAUGCAAUGUACAAGAGUCGUCAUCCUUCUAUGAGGCACAUGUAAAACCAGAGCGAAACUCCUUGACUCUUCUCAAAGCACUGACCAAUUGCAAUAGCUCUCAAUGUAUAGAUGAAGAAAUUCUUCCUCUUAGCCCAGAUGAGAAAGACCAUGAUGGCAUAUUUCAUUAUGAAGUACCAGAAGGUGCUUGGGAGGAGUUGUGCGAAAAAGAGGCCCUCCAUUGCAGUCUGGAGCAGGAUAUACCUGCAUCGCAAGAUGGCAUAAAUGACAAAAAGAGGAACCGUGAACCCGAAGAAACCAAUGAGUUUCAAAAAGAGAAGCGUGGACGAACUGAAGGCAAGCUCAACAGUGAUAAAUCCAAGGCUUCAGUGACUAUCGCUAGCCCUGAUGAUUAUCAAAUAAGUGAGUUUUCAUCUCUCCACUUAACAAAAACCAUAGAGCAGACCAACUACAGCAGCAACAGUUCUCAGGACUCCCGAGGAGAUGGGAUGCAUAUGGAACUCAGCUGUAGCCAGCAGUGCAGUCAGAUGGAGUCACAGUUGCCCUGGGAUACCGGGUGUGAGCAAAGCCUUUGGGUGAAAUUCCAAGAUGGUACCAUUACCGUAAAGGAGUUUUUUAUGCUGCUUCGGAUUCGUAUACUUAUUCAGAAACCACGAUACAGUGAGCUUCCUGCAAACUACAGAGCAAACAAAGCUGCAAUGACAGAAGACCUCCUGUUAGACCAGUACAUAUAUCAACCUAAACUACAAGUGUAUGAAGAAGAAUGCCAUGCUCUGGGCCAGAUCAUUCAGGAACUGAAGACAUUUGCAGAGACACAAGAAAAACCGUUGAUGCAAGUAAAUAGCCUCCUCUGGGAAGCCAUGAGAAUGUGCUCAGAAGAUGAGGUGAUCUACUUCGGAGUAAAACUAAAGAGCCUGAAGUCCUUAUAUUCCAAGAAAAGUAAAGUCCUGGCUCACGAGAGGAAAGUGACUGUGUACAGCAAGCUGCUUCAUGUAGCCCAGACUCGGUGUGAGCAGCUGCAGUCAAGAAUAAAUGAAGUGGAUACGUUUCUUGAAGAAACCGAUAAAUGCAUCUCUGAACUGCAAAGUGAAAUUGACAAAUUGGAUGAAGAUAUCCAAAGCGGAAACCUGAUCAAUAUGGAUCCUACCGUGAAAGGGCUGCAAACAGAACUAGAAAAACUUCAGACAGAAGAAGUGAACCGUCUAAGAGAAUGCGCACAGCUAGAAGAUAGGAAGGAUCAGGUAUUGACACAACUUGGCUGCUUGCAGGAGCAGGCAAAUAAGAUGGAGAAACAGUUGGAAGAAUUCAAUUUUACAGAGUGGGACUUGGAUAAGUGGACAGAGGAUCAGGCCAUUUUUACUUUUCUCUAUGACUCCAUUGAACUUUGCAUACAGUUUGGAGACGUUGUUGAUGGUAUGCCUUUUGUUAGCAAACCUUGUCGGAGACUGUCCAUGGUGACUUUUGACUCCCAGUUGAACGAGGAAGCAGCUCCUCCGUCGUCUCUUCUGGCACACAGACUGAUAAUGCAGUUCAUUGAAAGAAAUGGAUGUUUUUAUGAGAAGUAUAAGACCCAGCAAGAUCUGCCACAGAUGUUAUUCGACCUGUCUCUGGCUAUGAGUAGAUGCCGCUUACUUGGAGAAGAGGUUGACUAUCUAAUGAAAUGGGGGGCCAAGUAUAAUAUUCUCAAGAUACAAGUUCAGAGCACUGAGGUAAAACUUCUCUUUUCAAGUUCAUUGGCUUAUGCAAAGUUUGAACUGGUAGUACAUCUCUCUGAAUCCUAUCCGACACUCCCUCUCACAUUUACAUUUCGGAAUCAUAUUGGGAAAAUAGGCCACAGCAAUAUUUCUGCCGUUCUAUCAGAAGUUCCUGUUGGCAUGUGGUACCUGAAGAGAGCCGUGCGUCGUAUCCAUCGGCAGCUUCUUGCGUGAAUUUCCUUCGUACAAACGGACGCAGUCUGAGAAACGGAUAAAGCUCCAUUGCGCACGUACUUAUUCAGUGUGCCUGCCAUGUAUAUACCUUGGAGUGUAUUUAUUGUUGCAUAUCGUUCGUAAGUCUUGCACAUAUUUUCAUGUUUUUCUCAUGAAAUAUUUUAAGAAAGGUGUGGCCAGCAUAAUCUCUUGUUUUACAUUUGUAUUGCUCCUUGUUUAUAAAUGUACAUGUCAUGCAACGUAAUGUUCUUUAUUUACAGGCUGCUGUAUACGCAACUUCAAAUUGAUCUCUUUUGAGCAAUGGCAGUGUAAAUAAAGCACAGUAUUAGCGGAAAACCAAUAGUUAGUUGCCUUUGUACAGAGCUUCCCCUGCAGUCAUUUUAAAUCAUCAUAUAAUGCUGAUGUACAGCCUAGCUAGAGCCCAGUCCCAUGUGUGUGCGAUGCAGAGGCCAGGUUUGACCUUUCUUUUAAUAUUUUACUGUUUGUCGUUUUUUAUAGCGUAUUAUUCUGUAUGGUUAAUCUUUGUUGGAGCUUUAAUAAAGCGCUGCCUGUUGUGCAAUUUCAUUGGCAUUAAACGUAAAGGGUUUAUAUUUUAA